GAAGAGAAGCACUGUUCCGUUCCGGCGACGAUCAGAUUUGAUAGUUCUGAAACAAUACAAAACACAGUAAGGUCUGUUUUGAAAUCGUUAAGCGAGUAAAAUAUCAAAAGAUUCAAAUCUCCGUUUGCUUAUUCUCUCUCUGAUACCGCAAACCUUCUUCAAUUGACGUAGGAGUAUCUUCGUUCCCAACGUCUCUUGAUGUUGAGGACACUGUCUCUAGCUCGGGACCGACUUCGGUCCAAAGCGCAACCAUCGUCGUCUCCUUUAACCUUUCGUGUCCUCUCUUCUCCAUUUUCUUCGAAGCGUCAUGCGCCCAAGGCUCCCGAAGAAGAAGCAACGGCUUCAAAAGAAUCAGUUUUGCUGUACCCGAAAGAUCCGUCGAGCACACCUAAGCUCUUCCUUGUCCAGCCUCGUCUAACCCCUCCUAAGUUCCUUCAGGCCAAGCUUAACGAAGCGCUCUGCCUGGCUAACUCGCUUGAGGAACAGAGAUAUGGCUACUUCGAAUCUGAUUUCUUCGACAAGGAGUUGCCUUCUCAUGUUGUUGUCCAAAACCCUGUUGCUAGAUCGUCUAAACCUCGCGUAGAUACUUAUUUCGGGUCUGGGACUGUUGACAACAUCAAAUGUCAUCUUAAUGCUGAAGAUUCCAAGGAAGAAGUUGAUGCUGUUUUCGUCAACGCCAUCUUGUCAGCAAUUCAACAACGGAACUUGGAGAGAAUAUGGGAGAGACCAGUACUAGAUCGUGUAGGACUUAUAAUCGAAAUAUUCAAUGCUCAUGCGCAUACCAAGGAAGCAAAACUCCAGGCUGAGUUAGCAGCUCUGAUGUACAAAAAGAGCAGGCUGGUUCGGGUGCGUGGCACUGAUGGUCGUCAGACUUUUGGGCAGUUUGGAGAAGCUGAAGUUGUUAGUGCCCGAGGGAGAGCGGCAAGUAAGGGUUCUGGUUUCGUCGGUGGUGCAGGAGAAACUGAGCUUCAGCUCCAACGCCGAAGAAUAGCAGACCGGAGGCUUCGCUUGCUAUCCCAAAUUAAAGAAGCCCAAAGAACACGGCUAUUGCAACGUGCUGCACGUAAGAGACAAGCUGGUUUAGCGGGUAAAAGUUUAGCCACCAUUGCUGUCGUUGGUUACACAAAUGCUGGAAAAUCAACAUUGACAAGUGCGUUAACAAGGACUGCUCUCUACUGCAAUGAGCGAUUGUUUGCCACUUUAGAUCCGACACUCAAGAAUGCCAUCCUUCCUUCUGGAAGGAAAGUGCUUUUUAGUGACACUGUUGGAUUCAUAUCGGAUCUUCCUAUACAGUUGGUGGAAGCAUUUCAAUCGACUCUGGAAGAAGUUGUAGAAGCUGAUCUACUUCUGCAUGUAGUUGAUUCAACGGCUCCAAAUAUCGAGGAGCAUCGGUCAACAGUGUUUCAUGUCCUAAAUCAAAUUGGAGUACCAGAAGAGAAGCUUAAAAACAUGAUUGAAGUCUGGAAUAAAAUUGAUUAUGAAGUAGAAGAGGGAGAGGAAGACAUGCAGUAUCUAGAUGAUGGGAAGAUAGAAGAAGAAGCUGAGUUAAGCGACGGUUCAAUAGCUGAAGAAACUUUGGAAGCAUCUUCUGUAGCAACAGUUGAUGAAGCCCAAAUCCAAAACCAAGAAGAUGACUCUGAUGAGUGGCUACUGUCCGAAGAUGAAAAUGUCAGCGACUCCGAGCUAUGGAAAGUUCCGGAAGAUACUAAAGUAGAUGCUGCGCAGAAGAAUGAACCAGAUGUGAGAGUUUCUGCAUUGACAGGAGUUGGUCUGAAGGAGUUGAUGUAUCUCAUUGAUGAAAAAUUGAAUGGUGAAGAUGAGAAGCGUAAAUCUGAGACGAUAGUUGAAAGGAACGAUUUUGAGAGCCGUAAAUGGAGACCACCUUCUAAUGAUGAUGAAGAGUUAGCUGCUGAACAAUAGUUUUGUCCAUCUCCAAUUGCUUUCUGUGUUUUUUUGUUACUACAAUACAAACUAUAUAAUAAAAAGUUUAUAAACAUAGAUAAAAAAAAACUAAAAUUGUUUGUUUUAAUCAAAAUAAAAUGUUG